AUGAAGAACUACAAACGAAUGUGUAAGUUACUUCUCGAAGGUGAUAGUUAUUUUAAAGAUGAAAUUGUCGAUAUGGAGAAAAUUAACAAAAAAACAAAAGCCAAAAUAUAUUAUAGUAGAGAUGGUUAUAAAACAAAUGAAGAAUGUAUUAAUGCUUUGGCCGCAUAUAUAUAUAUGGAAUUCAAAAAAUUAAUACCAAGAGUAACUCAACAUAAUCAUUAUGAUGAAUAUUUAUUGAUGUGGAUAAGUGAUAAAUUGCUUAAGAUACACAAAAAAGGAAAAGGCAAAAAGAUUGGAAAAGGCUAUAUGGAUGCAUUUACUUUAAAGCAGGCUUAUGAACAGUAUUUAGAUAAACAUAAAAAAGGAUUGGAUUAUUGGGAUCUUUUAAAUAUGCAGCAAGGUUUGAAAGAAGCUAAUCUUUGGUAUAUGAGCGAAUUUUAUAAAUUAUUUAAUAAUAUAUGUAUAACAAUUGCAUAUUAUAAUUAUAAAGAUGUCAAAAGUAAGCAACUUUCUAAAUAUUCUAAAAAUUGCCUUAAUCAAUAUAGAAUCCUUUAUAUGAACAUUCCUAAAUGCAAAUCAUAUCUUUAUUUAUUGAAUAAAUUAAAAGGUAUAUAUGAUACUUUUAAAAGUUCUGCUAUUGAUAAAAAUAAUUUAAAAACUAAACUUAUAAAACUUACACUAGAAAAUGGAAACGAGAUGGAACCGGUGCGUAGUUUUAAAACAUAUGACUUCAGUGAUUCAAAAUGUAAAUUCCAAAAAAAAAAACCUCCACCCUCCAAACCUUCAAAACCUAAUCCAGGACCAGCACCACCAGAAAUAUCGCAGAAAGAAUCACUACAAACACAACCUGGCCCACAAGACAUUUCUGAAUCAAAAAACCCUCAUAAAGAAGGAUCAAAUCACCCAAAUGGGCAAGACGGUUCUAAAAUUGAUUCAAAGGUUUCAGGCAGUGAAAACGGAAAUCCGAAUGGUGGAGCCAAUGAACCAGGAGCUCCAAGUGGUGGGACAGACGAACCUCCAUCAGGAUCACCUGCACCAAGUCAAGAUGGUAAAUCAGAUAUAACAAAUCCACUAAAUCAAGCAGGAACAUCAAGUACAUCAGGAGAAUCCAUUGAUUUGUGGUCACCAUUUUUUAAACUCAUAUUAAAUGGAAAGGAGUAUUAUAAUAGAGGUUCCGAUUUUAUUGAUCAAAAUCAGCAAAGGCUUAAUGAUGCUAAGAAUAAAAUCAGUGGUGCAUAUAAGGACGCUAUGGAUAAUUUAAAAACUAUUUACAGUGCAUCUAAUGAUUAUUUUAACAGCAUUAUUGGUCAUAUAACUACCGAACUUAAUCAAGUUAACACUCCUAAAUCAGGCACCUCAGGGGAUAAAUUACCACAAAAUAAUGAUCAAUUACAAAAAAGUGGAGAUCCGCCGAAACAUACACCAAAAGAUACACCACAAAAUCUACUUAAUAAUUUACCAUCAACUCCACCAUCACUAUCAGAUUCACCAUCAGAUUCUCCAAAAGAUCCACCACCAAACCCAGCACCCAGUCCAACAGCACAAAAACAACCAUCUCCCCAAUCACAGCAUAUCAUACAUCAAACCCCACAAGACGAUCCAUCUAAUCACAAAAAAACUGACAAUGCAAUUGUUCACUUGGUAAAAUCAAAAAGUCCUGAUCCCAAUUUGAAGAAACCAUGUAAUAUAUUUCCAACUACAUGGAAUGGAUCAGAGGAUUGUAUACCUGAAAUAAAAUUUAUGAAUACCAUAUUAGUAUGUUGCACAUCUGAACAGUGCAGUUUAACUGGAAUUCCAGUUAUACUUGUUUUAAUGCCCAUUAUUUUAUUAAUUGUGUAUAAGUAUUUGUCAUCUGGAUGGAGAAAUGAAUUGAAAGGAAAAAAAAACAUGAAAAAGGUUAUAAAUUUGUUUGGUGUAAAUAAAACGGCAAAGACAGUUAUAAAUUCAACUGAUAGAAAAAAACAAAUGCAAAUAAUUAUAAAAUCAUCUAGUCGAAAAAAACUGACUAAAAAAUCUAUAAAUUCCGUUUAUUGGGGAAAACCUCCAUUAUUAAAUAUAUACAAGAUUAUGCAGGCUGAUCCUGUACCAUUUAUUAAUUUAUUUUUUUUAUUGAUUUUUUUUGUUUAUAAAAGAAAACGAGACACCAUAGAAUUAUAA